GCUGAAAGCAGUGGGCACAAAGCCCCUGGUUUUACUUUUCUUCAAUUCCUUCCACCCUAAUUAAGCCUGUGGUUUGGCAUUAACCACCUUCCUGAAAAUCACUCAAUCACCCACAUAUAUAUAGAAACAAACAAACCACUCAAUCCACACAUAAAAAAAACACACACCAAUUGUUCGUCAAAAAGCCAUAGCAUUUAACAUGAGUGCAGCAACUAGAGCUUGGAUUGUUGCAUCCAGCAUUGGGGCAGUGGAGGCCUUGAAGGAUCAACUGGGGGUGUGCAGGUGGAACUAUGCCUUGAGAUCACUCCAGCAGCAUGCCAAGAGCAACAUCGGAUCAUUCACUCAGACCAAGAGCUUGUCCUCUGCAACUUCUGCUGCUGUUGCCAACAAGGUCAAUAGGACCAAGGAGGACUCCAUGAGGAAAGUCCUGGACUUGGGUUGUUGGGGUCCCAAUACUAUAAGGUUCUAGAGUGGAAAGUGAAUGCCACACCCUCUGGGAUCCCAUUCAUCAUUGUGCUACAAGUUUGAUUUUAUGCUGCAUUGUAGCCUUUCUGAUGUCAUCCUGUUAUAUGCUAUCUUUGAUUCACACAAAAUUUUGUCCAUGAAAUGGUACAUAUAUGAUAUCCUAUGAAAUGAAAAUUAAGGUCUGAUUUUCAGCUUCUA